GAGAACGAACGCAAACAAAAGAGAACAAACUUAACUUUAAACCAGCUCUGUCUUUUUAGCUCCUGUCUGAAGCCACUGCCACCAUGGGCAAAUCCAUCUGCACAUUAUUACAGCUAUUAUCCCUGCUAGCCAUUCACACUCUGUGUGUGUACGGCGAGGGCUUUGCACUGUCGCCUAUUGAACUCGCUCCCAUCCCCUGUAAUGACAAAGCAGUGGAGAAGCUGUCUCGUCUGGCUGUCACUUACAUCAAUGAGGAUCGCACCGAUGGCUACAAAUUUGCCCUCAACCGCAUUGCAAAUGUCCACCUGCACGCUCAGGGCCCAGCAGGCAAUGUGUAUUACCUGGACCUGGAUGUCCUGGAGACCAAGUGUCACAUCGGCAGCCCAAAACCAUGGAAACGCUGUGACGUCAGAGCAUUCAUGGAAACACAAAUCUCUGGUAACUGUAACACCACCAUUCUCCACACACCAGAGGGAUACUCCUACCUGUACAGCUAUGACUGCACUCUUGUCCCAGACCCCCCAGAGAAGCUCCAGCAAACCUGUCCAACCUGCCCACUCCUGCUCCCCGUAGACAGCCCACAGGCUGUGAACGCAGCUCAGGCCACUCUGAUGUCCUAUAAGAGACAGUCCACACUGGCUGCAGACCUCGGAGUGAAGAAGAUCACCAGAGCUGCAGAGCAGACGGUGCCAGUGAAAGCCAGCUUUGUGGAGUACAUAGUCCAAGAGUGUCCUGAGGGAGUGACAGCAAGAGGCACCUGCCAGCGACUGACACUGGAGUCUGACACAGAGACUGCAGGUUUCUGUGCAGGAUCUGUGCGCAAGGACUUGAACGCCCAUCCUGAAGUCCAGGUGUCCUGUGAGAUGUUCAAAGCACAGAAUGUGGACAUCCUCAGACCAGUGCAGCCUCAGGGUCAUGACCUGCCCUUCUACCCCGUGCUCCCCACCUUCCCUCCUCUGAUCGAUGACCCGGGAAAUGAUCCUCAGCCUGUUCCCUCUGACCCCACGUCGCCCCCUGCUGUUCAACCAGCUCCAUUUGACCCCACACCGAUUCUCCCUGAGCCUGUUGACCCUGUGCCUUUUGACCCCCCUGUUGUGGUUAACCCCUCUAACCCCUUUACCUCAUCAUCCAGUGAGUCUGCUGAAGAUCUAGCAAACCCGCCAGCACCUGGUGUCGAUUCUUUCGCUUCAUCUUCUGAGGAGAUAGGAGGCCCCGUGGCACUGCGACCACCCUUUAACUUCCGCUACCAGAGGCCCGACCGCAAGAAACGGCAGGCCCUGAUUGAGAGCCCACCCCCACCCUCACCCUCACACAACCCCAUUUUCCUGUCUGAUUUCCCUGGUGGGUCUUCGCCUUUCCGUUCCUGUCCUGGUCCUGCUAGAUACACUACAGUUUAACUGGUGUUGCCAGUUAGGGGGUGGACCGAUAAACUGCUCCACUCCCUGUCACUGGAGGCUUGUAAUAAUUUGUGCUAAUGAGAGGAAAGCUAUCUUUUCUCACUAGCCCUGAAAUUGCUUCUAUGGUGCUACUGAAAAUACUGCUCCUAAAGCCUAAACCGUUUCUGAAAAUGUCUUCAAAUAUUUGAACAAAUUGAAUAAAUCUUGUUUUGAUUAACUUGUGUACUAAA